AUGAGUUUUGUAUUUUCGCUGCUUUGCUGUCUGGACAAUGACACGCAUAAACCAGAGUCGCAGUCCACGAUUCGAGAGCGUAAGGCUAUCCAGAAAGAACUUGCAGGGAUACAAAAGGCACAGACGCACAAUCGUCAUCGAUCCGGAUCUCCUGCCGGUAAGCUUCAUGAUGGAUAUAAUGGGCUCAAAACCGCGAAGAGAGCAGAGAUAGAUGAGGAGGACGACGACGAAGUAAAGGAUAAUGAAACAGAGGUCAACGUCAAUGUGCAUAGAGAGAGUGAUGGAAAUAAUGAUAGUGAGGAUGACAGAAAUAAAAACAGCGUUGAUACUGCAUUCACAGCUUCGAAUGAAGAAGACAAUAAUAAAACGGCAGAGGAUAACAAGAAUAGUAAUGACCAUGAUAAUAGUAAUGAUAAUAAUACCAGUAACAAUAAUAACAACCAUAACAAUGAUAAACAUACCAGCACUAAGGAGAGUAGGGGGACUAACAUGGCAACAGGCAGUGAUGAAGAUGUAAACUACAUAGGAAACACAACAGAUGAGGAGAAAAUAUCUAGCGAGAAAACAAGAACCCAUAAUUUACCUGAUAUUGCUGCCAUUGAUUCCCGCACGUCAGAAGAAACAAACGGACUUACAAAAAACGCAUCUAAGAGGACCACAACCAAUGAGGAUUCAACUUCAGAUAAUGAUUCACUUUCAUAUAACGCAGACGAAUAUUCCCAAGGUUACGAACAGAACGAUAACACAGAACAUUUUAUAGAUUUAACAUUAUUGCAAGAAGGUCAAAGCCAUGCACCGGGAUUUGAUACACUACUGCCUCCAAUUGAGAAAAAAUUUGCAGACAGAAAAUGUCUAGUACUGGAUUUGGAUGAAACUUUAGUUCAUUCUUCAUUUAAAUAUUUGAAUAUCGCUGAUUUUGUUUUACCAGUAGAUAUUGAUAACCAAGUUCAAAACGUUUAUGUUAGUAAAAGACCUGGUGUUGAUGAAUUUCUAAAAAUUGUCGGAGAUCUCUACGAAGUGAUUGUUUUCACAGCGAGUGUCUCGAGAUACGGCAAUCCACUAAUGGACAUUUUAGAUCCUCAUAAAUAUAUUCACCAUAGACUAUUCAGAGACUCAUGUUAUGUUUAUGAAGGCAAUUAUGUGAAAAAUCUAUCACAGAUAGGCAGGCCGUUGGGUGAUAUAAUUAUUUUAGAUAAUUCACCAGCAUCUUAUAUUUUCCACCCCCAACAUGCCAUUCCCAUUUCAUCGUGGUUUUCUGAUUCACAUGAUAGUGAAUUAUUAAAUAUCAUUCCUUUGUUAGAGGAUCUUUCCAAAAAGUCUGUCCUUGAUGUAGGAAAGAUUUUAGACGUGGCAAUAUAA